CGGGCGGCGUCGAGCCAGUAGCGAACGCGACCGCGACACUAACAAACGCCUCUUCUGACAGCCCGCAAACUCCUGCCCGAUAACUCCUGCCUGCUAACUCCUAACGAACUGCUACCUGCUGAUUUGUGUACCUUAAAGUGCAGUGAGAGUGCUGCUUGUGUUAUGUGAAAUAAACUGGAUGCCGCUAAUUUUUGGCACGAUCCAAUGAAUUCCCGUACACCGAAAAUUCCCCACGAAAUGAUCGAGAUUACGCAUUACGUGAUCAAAAUGUUUACGUGUAGACAAAGACUAUAGAAAGGAUUAGAAGAUUAUUAUCAUGGAUAUAGACGAGAAGGUAUCUGGUCCGGGGGGCGCGUCACAGAAAAACUGGACGCAUUUGAACACCAGCAAUGAACUGCCAUUAGAAAUGCGCUUCAACCAUGGACAUAUGGUGUCUAUAACAGUGUACACUGUAUUGAUGAUAAUAUCGGCAACGGGCAACUUGACUGUCCUGUCGCAGCUACUAAAGAGGAGGCGAGCGGCUCGCGCGAGUAGACUCGACUUGCUACUCAUGCAUUUAGCAGUCGCCGAUCUGAUGGUGACAUUCUUGAUGAUGCCGCUGGAGAUAGCAUGGGCGGGCACAGUGCAGUGGCUAGCGGGCGACUUCAUGUGCCGCCUUAUGAUGUUCACCAGGACAUUCGGCCUCUAUCUCUCCAGUUUCGUCCUCAUAUGUAUCGCCGUGGAUAGAUACUACGCAAUUCUGAAGCCUUUGAAUGUCAAAUGGGAGGCGCGCGUGCGGAAGGCGCUAGCCACCGCCUGGGUAUGCGCUGGUCUCGCAAGCCUGCCGCAGAGCUUUAUAUUCCACCUGGAAGAGCAUCCUGAUGUUAAAGGAUACUUUCAAUGCGUAUCAUAUGGCUCUUUGCCGACGGAACGACAUGAGUUCGCCUACUUCCUCGUCAACAUGACGCUAAUGUACAUCGCUCCAUUGGUGUCCACUCUUUACUGCUCCUCCGCAGCCCUCGCCGAGAUCAUACGCAGAGCCAACACCGCUAAUGAUAAAAUGCGACGUAGCGGUGUUGGUAUACUCGGUCGAGCUCGAGCGAGGACUUUGAAGAUGACUGUUACUAUUGUCUUGGUAUUUUUCACGUGCUGGUCUCCUUACUACUGUUACUGCUUAUGGUAUUGGAUAGACAAAGAAUCCGUGAGAAGUCUAGAUCCUGCUUUUCAGAAAGCUAUGUGGCUAUUCUCUUGCACAAACUCUUGCGCCAACCCUAUUGUUUAUGGUGUAUUCAACAGAAACCGUUGGCAUACGGGUCCGAAUGCAAGAUAUCGCAAUGGAAGUAUGCGAAGAGGAUCCCGGUUCCCUUUCGGCGACUCGAUGGAAAUUUCUGCAGCAACUUUAGUCCGCGCACGAAGCUCUCUGACCAGUGAGAGGAACGGAAGAAGAGAUUCAUCGUUUAAUUCCAAAAACGGAACGCAAAAACAACUGAACCAUAAUAAUAAUCUCGUAAAUAACGGUGUCGUUUAAUCUAUGAUGGUUGAUACUAGGGAUGUUCAAAAAAUA